GAUGGUUUAGGGUGAUUUUCCCUGCUAUGCACCGCCUAUGCCAUUCCUUGCUUUCCUUCGGCUGGGUCCUGGCCGGCAGUGAAGAGCUCUGCGGUAGCCGCUGGUGGCGCCGAGCGCAUGACGGGCUGCGGCUGCAGGAGCCGUGGAGUGCCCCGUGUCCUUGGGAGGCUGGCGGCUCGGUCUGGGGCAACGUGCGGGUGCCGGCAGAGAGCGUGGAGCGGAAGCCUUCAGCUGCAUAUGGCAGGAUUUGGAUGGAUUCAGGGGAUGGGUAGACUACCCAAAGGUAUGAAGUGCUGUUGGAAGCCGCAAAUAUUACCCUCAUGGCUGAGGAGUUGGGGCGGAGAUGAGGACAUCAUCAUCACCAUCGAACUGGAAAGGUCGGGUCAUCGCUUCUACGACUUGGACCCUUUGGCUGAGACGACCUUUGCGCAGCUCUUUGCGACGAACGGCGCCCGCUGCGCGGCGCCGCGGCGAGCGGCGCUGGGUGCGGCGGCCUGCAGCCGCUUUGGGGCUGGGGCCGACCUCAGCGGAGUGUCGGAUAUGAUCGGAAACAAGUUCUGUGAACACCCCGAAGCCAAAGAUGCUCGUGCUUUGUUCUGUCGCUAUCCUCCUCGCUUCUAUGCACAUGCAGGAAUCUGCAGGCAAUAUGCACAAUUCUGUCCAUUUGAGGAGCUGAAGUCUGAAACCAAUCCAUCACAUAUUGAUUUGGCCGUCGUGAAUGUGGAUGCUGAGAUGUUCUAUGCUUUGGAGGAGUGCGGCGCCUUCAAAAGCGAGUUUUGGAUCUUCAAGGUUUUUGUGCAUUGGUGCCCUCAUUGCCAGCAGCUGAUGCCCCUGCUGUAUCGCCUCGCGCUGCGCUUGCGUCAGGCCAAGGUCGCCUUUCUGCGCUUUGGCGCGGUGAACUGCGCCACGGAGCAUGCGCUUUGCUCGGAGCAAGGCUGGUUGGGCCACCCACUGCUGGUGGCGAAAUACUUGGGCCCUGACCAAGCGGUGCACGGGGCCAUUGAACAUUGGAUUGACGUUGUGAAGGACGCUCAACUACGGCAGAUGUUGCCGCGCUAUGCUCUACCAGGGGAGUUUCCAGUGCUGAAACUUCUGCUGGAGCAUUUGCCAACGAACCUGGUUCCUACGGUGGCAUGGGCAGACCUUUUUGAAGCUCCGCCGGGACCCUCUGGGGCAUGUCCCAACGUCACUGCUUUGCACCCGGAGCACCCCACAUCCAUGGAGGACUUUGUUGGCAAUGGCUGGCAUGACGUGGAGCGGAACUUCACUGUGAGGCGCCGGAUGACGGAUGCGCUCAUCAUGUUGAGGCACAUCUUUCAGGAGUGGAUUGCGCCGGUGGGAGAUGAUGGACUCCCGCGGAUUUGGACAUACGAGUUUCCUGCAAGCAUGGAAGUGGAAGGCUCCCAGGCUCCCCCGCUCUUGGAAGGCAGUCUUCCAGGAGCUCUUGGUGGGCACAGGGUCUACUUAGUCUACUUCCAUGAUUGCAGGGAGGUUGCAUGUUUUUGUUGUGUUUUUGUUAUAGUAGGCUGCAGGCUCCUCUGGAAGAUCCACCGGGAUGCAUGGGGAAAACCGAGACCGUCGGUGUCCAGGUGCCGGAUCAGCCAAGGAAAUGUCGAGGCCUUCUCUUAUCGCCAGCUCAUUGACAUUGAGGCAUGGGUAGCUUUGCUGAUCAGGAACCUUCCAGAAGCCUUCGCCAUCCAAUCGUUUCUGCGGGAACUGCAUCGGGCACUCAUGAUUCGAGUUCGAGCUGCACAGACAAAGGAGGGUAGCUCUCUUUGCGCCAACGAGUGGAAGUCAUUGACCUCCAAUCUUUUGGCCUCCAUUAACGAUGUGGGUCAGAAACACUUUGCGUUUCCCAGUGCCUGUGCCUCCGAUACCUGCCGGAUGUGGAGCCUUCUUCACAUCCUGGCCUCUGAGGGGCUAAGGAAGGAGAGGAUGGGUUUAGAGUCGCGCCCUGCACAGCCGCACGCGAUGCUCAGUGCCUUGCGUGGUUUCAUCGAUCACUUCUUCAAGUGUCACUACUGCCGAAGGCAUUUCCUGCGGCAGUACGAGGAAGGCUCCUAUGGUCGCCAGUUGGCUGAAGAAUCCUAUGAGGAGCUGGUUCUCUACUUGUGGCGUUUCCACACCGCAGUCUCUACACGCGUCUCUGCCCUGCACAGCUGUGUGGACUCUGACCGCCGCUGGCCGCCCAGCUCCUUGUGCCCUUCGUGCUGGCAGCCCAGCGAUCAGUCCGCUCUGUGGGAAGUUCUCAGCGAAGCCAAAGCGAAGACAAAGGAGGGCCAACCAACCCUGCGAGCUUUGGAGAUGUCAGCGAUGCCGAAUGAAGCAGAGAUCUUGAAGUUUCUGGAGAGCAGUUUCUCUGAACAAAUGGAGCUGCAGACCUGACAUGCAGGAGCCACGACGCACGAGAGUUCGGCGGUGAAAGAUCCACGUUGAAGCUCCAGUGCGCCAUGCCGCGGCGCUCGGCGCUUGGGACGGCCCUUGUCGGAGGCCCGACGUGGAAACGGAUUGGACAUGAUGUGACAAGCAGCGCUUCAGGGACGGAGACACCCUGCAUGGCAUUGGCGUGGCUGGUGAGUUGGGGAGACGGAGAGUAGUGACAGAGAACGGCCGGGGGCGAAAAAGCUGCCAGGGAUGUGCUGCGAGGGUUGCAUGCAACCUUUAAGCCCACAACCGGCGGCACCAAAGAUGUAAAGCUUUAGAUAAGAUUUAGAACACCAGGAGGUUUGGGUCCAAGGGCACGGCGCGGCGUACCACUCGCAACGGGACCAGGGGUGGGUGUACCCCACG